AUGAUUGUGAUUCCGACUACAUUACGUAAAGAAGUCCUGCAAGAACUACAUGCCGGACAUUUUGGCAUGACUAAAAUGAAAGGUUUAGCGCGAAGCCACUGUUGGUGGCCCGGAAUCACACGCGAUAUCGAGACGGUUGUAAAAGAAUGCGUCGAAUGCAAUACAGUCGCAAACGCACCGAAAAACGCUGAAACACAUGUGUGGGAAACACCCACUGCGCCUUUCGUGCGAUGGCACAUCGAUUUUGCAUACAAAGACAAUACGAUGUUCUUUAUAUGUGUCGACGCGUUUACGAAAUGGCCGGAAGUUUAUAUUGUUCAAAAUAUGCUUAUAGAACCGACCAUCGAUAUUUGUAAAGAAAUCUUUGCGAGAUUUGGAUUACCGAAAGUUAUUGUAAGCGAUAACGGUCCUACCUUCACAUCUCAGCGUUUUCGACAAUUCCUUCAGGCUUACGGCAUUACGCAUAAAACCUCUGCUCCUUUUCAUCCCGCAUCAAAUGGGCAAGGAGAGUUACAAUCUACGGGUGUCCAAAAAACUGUAGAAGAUUGCGAUUAUUAUACUCCGCCGGACGAAACUGAGUCGUCAGAGCCCGCAAUCGAGAGCGAUACCGACCCGGGGCUUGGUGUGUUUUCGAGCGCGGAAUCGAUGCCGGGCCUCGGAAUCGUACCCGCGGUUCGCACACUUAGACUUAGGAAUAAACUCAAGGCACCUGAACGUUUGCAGUACCACCACGCGGAAAAAUGA